CAUCAAUUGUCGCAUACAUAACGCUCCUCUUUUGCUGCUAAAUGCAUUGAAACACUUUCGUAUUCGCAUCUCUUUUAUACGAAUACUAUAUUGAACAGACACGGCAUGACCGCGCCAAUCUCUUCAGCAUGGAAAAUCAUUCCAACGUUCGAAUCAAAAUCCAUACAGAGAACCCUUGAUUUCUAUGUCGACUUUCUUGGAUUCGAAUUGGGCGGGGUAAAGCCAGAGGACGGGCCGUCUUCAGAUUAUACAUUUUGCUCAAUCUUCGCAGGGGACAAAGCAGCAGCCAAUAUCUACUUCUUCAAACCUGAAAGUGGUAUUUUCAAACCAGGGUCGGCAUACAUUGCAUUGGGUACAGAGCAGUUGGACAUGCUGCAUGAUACUGUCAAGGGUCAGAGAAGUGAUGUGAUUGAAGAAGACGUUGAAGAUAAGCCAUGGGGUUAUCGGCAGUUCGCUAUCAAUGACCCUGAUGGGAAUAAGUUGACAUUCUUCAAGUUUCUGGAAGGCGGCAAUCCAGGCACGGAAUGAUUCGAGACGUGUCGAGGCUAUUUGCACGCAUGUCGUUGUUGACAGUGAGUUGGUAGGCUGAGGGUACAACAAAACUGGGGAGAGUCUCGAAAUUGAGGCUAUCAUUUUGAGGAUCUUCUGAGAGUAUCAUGAGAGUUAAUAAUGAAAGAUUUGGUGGGACAAAAAGGUUGAGACGAUGCCCAUAUCAGACUAACGGAAAUUUCCUUGGACUACGGCUAGCAUUCAAUCAUAUGGCUGACGACUACGUUGCUGACUGUGAUCCUUCCCAGGCAACUCAAUGGCGCAUCAUCAAC